CACCAAAUAAGAUCCACCGUAAACACUUUUUUUUAUUGCCACGUCACUUAUGAUAAUUAUUCACUUCGUUUUGGGAAUUAAAACGAUGGAGUGAGCCAAUUGGUCUCAAAAUCUCUCGGCUUUUGCUUCAAUUCAGACCACACGUAAAUGACACAGAGGGGACAAUAAUUUUUAUUUUUUGUUAUUUCUUUUUUAAUUUUAGGUUAAUAUUAGACUCUUAAAGUCUCAUAACUGAACAGUUCAAUGCAGAAAACUUCUGGAAAUAUUAUAGGCCAUUUUCUUGGAGGUUUAUAUUAUUAUCUAAGAAGAUGCAUGUUUGCCAUUUUAUCUGUGGGUCCUGUGCCAAGUCAUAUUGCUUUCAUCAUGGAUGGGAAUCGAAGGUAUGCAAAGAAGAGAAACAUGGAAGAAGGUGAUGGCCAUAAGGCUGGAUUUACUGCUCUCAUGUCCAUCCUUAGAUACUGUUAUGAAUUGGGAGUGAAGUAUGUCACUGUCUAUGCAUUCAGCAUUGAUAACUUCAAAAGGAAGCCUAACGAGGUUCAGUCCUUGAUGGAAUUGAUGCGGGAAAAGAUUGAAGAGUUACUUCUACAAGAAAGUCUUAUCAAUGAAUACGGUGUUAGAUUACAUUUCAUUGGAGACUUGCAACUAUUGACUGAGCCUGUCAGGGCUUCUGUGGAAAAAGCAAUGAGAGUUACUGCUCACAACAACCAGAGAGUUCUUUUGAUUUGCGUAGCCUAUACUUCUCGUCACGAGAUUGUGCAUGCCGUUCAAGAAUGCUGCAAGGAAAAAUGGAAUGAAGUUCAAGCAUCAAAAGAAGCAAAGCUAACAAAUGGUGCAUUUGCAAGAAUUGAUCAGGGCCUGAAAGGAAAUGGUUUUGAUUUGCUUUUUCAAGAUUCAAGUAAAGACUAUCAAAAUGUAACCAAAGCUUGUAGCAGUGUACCUAAAGGAGUGCAAGGUGCUGGAGAGAAAGAUGGCAUGUUGGAGCAUACCGUAGAGAAACAUAGCGAAAACAAUAGUGAAGCUGAAAUCACAUUAUGCAAUGAACUGUUUGAAAUGACUGAAGAGAGGAAGUAUAAGCAGGGUGAUGUUCCUUUAAUAAAACUGGUGGAUAUUGAGAAGCACAUGUACAUGGCAGUGGCACCUGACCCAGACAUCUUGAUCCGAACUUCUGGAGAGGCUCGACUCAGCAAUUUUCUUCUUUGGCAGACUAGUACCUGCCCUUUGUAUGCGCCAACUGCACUUUGGCCUGAAAUAGGCCUAAGACACUUGGUCUGGGCAGUAUUGAAUUUUCAGAGACACCAUUUUUAUUUGGAAAAGAAAAAGAAACAGUUUUAAUUGUAUCCUUAUUGGCCAAAAUUUUGAGUGUAGUUCAUGUGAUGACAAUUUCUUUUUCUUUAUUUAAAAAAGACUAAUUUUUGCUUC